AAUGGCAACUCCAAUGUAUUUAUAAGUGAAAGGAACUGAAGGGAGCGGUUGUAUUGGAGAUUGCAAAAUUGUUUUGUUUAUAUUUUUUGCAGAAAAUUCGUAUAUAUAAAUUUAAAUAUGCAUCAUUUUAUAAAUAUUGUUUUAAAUUUAUAGUUUAAGUAACAAACAUUAUAUUUUCUCAUAAUGGAUUUGCCUCAACCUCCUCCAGAUCAGGAACUGAAGAACAUAAUUGACAAACUAGCUCAGUUUGUUGCUCGUAAUGGACCUGAAUUUGAGCACAUGACAAAACAGAAGCAAAAAGACAAUCCAAAGUUCUCCUUCCUGUUUGGGGGCACCUACUUCCAUUAUUAUCAAUAUCGAGUAACUACUGAACAAGCAAUUCUGAAGCAAAAGCAAAGAAGUUUAGAGCAGCAAGCCAUAGUACAACAAGCUAUUAACAGACAGUCCAUACAAACAGCUCCUUGGCAACAACACCUUCAACAAAUCCAAGACACGUCACAAGAACAGAUUAGACAGAGUGAGCAGAACCUUGCUGCUCAGCAUCAACUAUUACUACAACAGCAGCAGGUACAAGUGGAUGAAGUGAUACGUAAAGCACAGGACGAGAAACUUGCCAAACUUUCUGCAGAAACAGAGCUAGAACUUAAAGAAUUAGAUGGUAUUCUACAGCCUAUUAUAGACAGUUGUACUAAAGAUUCUAUAUCUGGUGGGAAAGGUUGGAUUUUUGCCAAUGCAACUACUCCACAAAGAUGCGAAGUUAUCAUCCUUUAUAUACUUAAAAGAAUCACAGAACCUGGAGCUACAUUUGAAGCUAAACUUCACCUGGUGUAUUUAGUAAAUGAUGUUCUACAUCACUGUAUUAGAAAAAAUGCUGAUGACUUAAAAAAAGUGUUGGAUAAAUCUGUUGUUCCAAUAUUUUGCUCAACCAGUAUAGGAGUAGAGGCAGAAAAACAACAAAAGCUGUUAAAGCUACAUAAGUUAUGGGAAACGAACAAGUAUUUCCCCCAGCAAAUUCUCGAUCAAUUACAAAAUCCUGCUGCUUCUCUUGCUGCCUACCAGGCAGGGUUGAUUGCAGAAUUUGCACCUUUAAUUACUCCUAUCACUACUGCAAUUCAGACGCAGUAUUCUUUACUUCAAAAACAGCACCAAGAUUUUGUUGCUCAUCUAACUGGACAAAUGCAACAGAUGCCUGUUCCAUAUGCAUUCCAGUCCCCUCAAUUGAUGCCUGCUCAGCCAGUUGCGGCCACUCCCUACCUGCAGCCACCAACGUUCGAGCAACAGCAAGUGCCACCUCAAGACCCCCGACUGCAUCAUCCUCCCCCAGUGGUUUCAGAAGAAGCAGCCAAACCACCCCAAGAACUGAGCGCUGCUCCUCCAUUGGAAGCAGCUCAGCUGUCUGAUUCUCAGGGUAGUGAUUCAAGACACGAUUCUGAGCCCAUGAAUCCAGAUGACAGACCAGCAGACUUCAGGGGCCUGGACAUGAGGAAUCAAGAACUCAGAAAUCCUGAAUUGAGGAGUAUGGACUUGAGAAAUCCGGACAUCAGGAAUCCUGACAUGCGGAGCCUGGACAUGCGAAAUCCAGAUAUGUUGGGUGCUGAAAUGGAUCCUCUUCCAAUGGGUAUGCAUCCGAGAGAUUAUCCUCCUGAUGAUUUGCAUGAACCACCAUACGAUAUUCCCCCAAGUCGUCAUCACCCAAAUGGACGACCUUUGCCUCCACAUUAUAUGGAUGAUUAUUAUGGGCCUCCUUUUGAUCCAGAUUAUGGCCCACCCCCACACCAUGAGAGGCCGUAUGGUCGGCCUAUUCCACCAUACAGAGAUAUACCUCCAAUGGGUAUGGGUCCACAAGAUAUGCCACCAGAUUAUUUGGAACCAGGACUUCCUCCUAUUCAGCCUCCUUAUUAUGAUCUACCUGCAGGCCUUAUGGUACCCCUAGUAGCACUGGAGGAUUCAGAUUAUACUAAGCCUUUAGAGCCAGAGGAUGUAAGAUUACCACCACCAGCCUUACCAACAGAUCGUCUUCUUGCUGCUGUGGAGCAGUUUUAUUGUCCUCCAACUCAUGAAAGAAACAGAAACAAUUCAUAUGUCAUAUCUAGUGAAGGAUGGGAACAGUUGGGAUUAUAUGAAUUCUUCAAAGCAAAAGCUCAAGCAAAGAAAGCAAAAGGAAUGCCCACUGAUGAUCGUGAUUAUUCUGCACCCAUGGAUUUACCCCCUAUGCAGAGGUAUCCUGAGGAACCAAUGGAAAAACGAAGAAAGUACAGGGAGUUUAAGAGCCCUGAAAAAGAAGUAAUUCCUUCACCUAUCAAAAAUGGUGAAAAGGAGCACCAGCGACGUUCCAGAUCGGUGUCGAGGUCCAGGUCACGCUCUCCUGAAUUGCCGCCACGAAGAUCUUCAGUGUCACCCUCACCGCCUAGAUCACCUCCUCAAAGAUCUAAUCGUCAUCGGUCUAGAGGACGUUCUAGAUCAAGAUCUCCACCAUCAAAAAGAUCACAGAGAUCCCCAGAUCGCAGAAGUGUCUCUCCUCCUACUUUCAUGGGAUCCGGUUCUACUCCUCAUGACAGAAGACUUGAUGAAAGCAACAAAGGACAUCAGCUUCUUAAAAAAAUGGGAUGGUCUGGUGCAGGUCUUGGUUCCCAGGAGCAAGGUAUUCAAGAUCCUGUGGAUGCUGGUGAUGUGAGAGACAGGCAGGAUAUGUACAAAGGUAUUGGGGUCAGCCUCAAUGAUCCCUACGAGAACUUUAGAAAAAGCAAAGGUCAAGCCUUCAUAAAUCGAAUGAAAGCCCGGGCGGAAGAGCUCGGAAAGAUGUGAUCAUUACUAUGCAUUUUAUAGAAUAAUAAAGUAGAUUCAUUUUUUUUUAUAAUCAA